CAUUGAAUGGCGUCUCCGACGAUUCACUGUUUGUUGAAAAAAAUGCUAGCGACCAACGAAAGGGUAGAUCAUUGGAAUAUUUUAAAGGUUAAACAAAUAGGAAGCAUCGUGUUCGUGUAUAUGCAUGUUUUAUUGGAAGGUCGGAAGAUUUUGCGAGAAGGUGGUGGACCUGGUGGCGAUGGAAAUGGACGUCGUCGUCGUUUAUCUUUAUCACGCUCCAGAGUCCUACCCCCAAUUGUUUGCUUUUCGAAUUAUACACUUCGCGGACAAAGUAAUCUUUUCCUUCGACGCCACGCGAAAUGGUCAAAAAACCCCCCUCGUUAUUUGCAAUUUUCACAUCAUCGGCCGCCUGCUCCCGCUUCUUAUUUUUUUCUCUCUCUUCUGGUAAAAUUUGACGUUUUCGUUCGGUUAGCUCAGCUGACUUUGGAUCAGAGCCAUUCACUCUCGCAAAACCGUCGAGACGACAGUCUAGAGAGGGGAGAAGUGAAUUAAAAAAAAAACAAGAAAAGAAAAACGUUGCUGAAUGCCUUGGAACGUCAACGAUCGCCUCGUCAAUAGAUCAAUUUGUUCAAACUCCUAUUAUAUAUUAUGUCGCAAGAAGCUCCGAAGUGUUCCUUUUGCCGCGAAGAUGGCGAAAAUACUUUCAGACCCAAAUCGACGCUUCCUUUUCUAUACCAUUUGCUUCUGCUUCUUCACCACAGGAGUGCUAACCUUGAGUGUACACAAAUCUUCCCCUCCCUGCAACUACUCCGAUUCAGGUCCCGUUAAACCCUCAAUCCCUUUGAUUUCCUUCCUCGAACGCGUACAGGAGACUGCUCUCCGUUCUUUGGGCGACUCCAACUUCGAUCCAAAGCUUUACGUCGAUUUGUCUUUAAAGUUCAACCUUUCAACCACGGAGGAGGCUUUUGAUAAGCUACCCAGGUCAGCAAACGGUUCCGUUUCCGCUCGGGAUCUGCAGAGCUUCAUAGCCUCCUAUCUGGGUGAUGCAGGCAGUGACAUGGUGAUCAUCCAACCCGUCGAUUUCAUGCCAGAGCCGCCUGGCUUCUUGCCCAAGGUUGAGAACCCCGUUGUGAGGGCAUGGGCAUUAGAGGUGCAUUCUCUGUGGAAGAAUCUGAGCCGGAAGGUCGCCGAUGGCGUGAAAGAGAGCCCAGAAUUACAUACUCUUUUGCCUCUUCCAUCGCCGUUCAUCAUUCCCGGAUCUCGAUUCCGAGAGGUUUAUUAUUGGGAUUCUUACUGGGUUAUUAGGGGCUUGUUAGCAAGCAAAAUGCAUCAGACUGCAAAGGGAGUUGUUCAGAAUCUUAUUUCCCUCAUAGAUAAAUAUGGUUACGUCUUAAAUGGUGCAAGGGCCUACUAUAACAACAGGAGCCAGCCUCCACUUCUAAGUUCAAUGGUGCUGGACAUAUACUUGAGGACUAAUGAUCUGGAAUUUGUGAAGAAAUCACUUCCUUCACUGGUCAAGGAGCAUGGCUUUUGGAACUCAGGCAUACACAAGGUGACCAUUCAAGAUGCUCAAGCAUGCACUCACACUUUAAAUCGGUACUAUGCAAUGUGGAACAAGCCCAGACCAGAAAGUUCAACUAUUGACAAGGAAUCUGCUUCCAAGCUCUUGAAUGCAUCAGAGAAAGAACAGUUUUACCGCCAGGUUGCAUCAACAGCUGAAUCUGGGUGGGAUUUUAGUACUAGAUGGAUGAGGGAUCCAUCUGAUCUUACAACAUUGGCGACAACAUCAAUUUUACCUGUGGAUUUGAAUGCAUACAUACUCAAGAUGGAGCUUGACAUAGCUUUCCUGGCAAGAAUUGUUGGGGAAGAACACACCGCAGAAGUCUUCUUGGAAGCUUCCCAAGCAAGAAAAAAGGCAAUAGGUUCAAUCUUUUGGAAUGCCAAGAUGGGCCAAUGGCUUGAUUACCGGCUUACGAGUAGCCAUACAUGUGAGACAGUUCACAGGUGGGGAGCUCAAAACCAGAAUGAGAAAAUUUUUGCAUCAAAUUUCAUGCCAUUGUGGAUUGAGUUGUUUAAUUCAGAUGGUCCAAUGGUGAAGAAGGUAAUGAAAAGCUUCCAGGAUUCAGGGUUGCUUCGUGCUGCUGGAAUUGCUACAUCCUUAACAGAGUCAGGGCAGCAAUGGGACUUUCCAAAUGGUUGGGCCCCGCUUCAACACAUGAUUGUUGAAGGGCUGUUAAGGUCUGGGUCAAAGGAAGCAAUGUCAUUGGCAGAAGACAUUGCUGUUAGGUGGAUUAGAACCAGUUAUGCUGCUUACAAAAAGACAGGCACAAUACAUGAAAAAUAUGAUGUGGAAGCUUGUGGCAAGAUUGGAGGGGGCGGUGAAUAUGUACCUCAGACGGGAUUUGGCUGGACGAAUGGAGUUCUCUUGGCAUUCUUGGAGGAGUUUGGAUGGCCUCACGACCGGAAAAUAGAUUGCCAUUAGGGCAUUAGAAAAGGAGUCUUAAUACGCAUGCUUUCAACAUGUGUAAAUUAUGGUUAGGGAGUAAAUGUAGACCAUAGUAUGCUACCUCAUCCUCCAUACAAUAAAGAGUUCCCCCUCACUAUGGAGAUCUUCUAUCAGAGUUGUUAUUCAUUCCAACAUUGAGUCAGUGGAUGUAUAGACCAAUAAGAGGUUGGCUUGGAAUAAAUAAAGUGAUUGAUCGAUAUUUCUACUA